AUGGGUAAUCAACAAGCUUCGAAAUCUCUUACGGAUAGAGACGUGCAAAUUUUGAUUGAGACUAGUGGAAAAAGUGAAAGAGAAAUUCUUCAAUGGUAUACAGAAUUUCAUGAAGAUAGUCACGGAACUGAUCGAAUGAAUAAACGACAAUUCCAAAACUAUUAUUUGAAACUACGCAACCGACCCAAUUUGCAACAAAUCACGGAUCAUAUUUUUCGUGCAUUUGAUAUCGAUCAAUCCGGUACAAUUGACUUCAAUGAAUUCCUCAUUGCCUAUAUUGCUACAAGCGAAGGUACACCACGUCAGAAAUUUACUUAUGCGUUCGAAGUCUACGAUAUGAAUGAUGACGAAAUCAUCGAAAAGAAAGAAAUCAAGAAGAUUUUAAACAUCAUCUGUCGACUACUUGGCUUUUCGGAGCAUGAUGCUGCGAGUUAUUCUCGAUCGAUGAUGCUUUCCUUCGAUACGAAUCGUGACAGAGUCUUGAGCAAAAGCGAGUUUGUUGAAGGAUGUCUACACGAUCCGACAUUAGGCAAAUUAUCGAAUCCAUUCGAUCUCUGA